GCCGGCGCCAUGUUGAGACAAUUGAUUCUGUAAAUUUUUUGUGUCGUAUACGUGUGUGCGUCUACUGACGAAUUAAAUCAUAAAUAUGAUAAUAAUUAAUCAUACAUAAAUCCCUUGAAUAAUCCAUCUGGAUUAUCAAUUAAAAUCCCGCGUAAUAUUGUUUUUAAGUAGCGACUAAAUCGUUAACAAACGUUGAUUUUUUUUAGCUGAGUAAACAUCUCGUGUGGUUGUGGUGUUGUGGCAUCGGGAUUUUGGGGUAUUUUAGAUCCAAUAAUUACCAUUCAAGAUGAUGUACACGGGUACAACUGCAUCGCAGGACACGCGGUUCAGUGACAAGGAGAAGAAGUUAUUGAAGCAGAUGAAAUUCGUGGACUCAUUAACGCAAAAGGUGGACAUGAAGAAGGUGAAGCUUGAUGUCAUCAAGCCAUGGAUAACUACUAAAAUUACUCAGAUACUGGGUAUUGAGGACGACGUAGUCAUCGAAUUUGUCUAUAACCAAUUAGAGGAUCAGUUUCCGGAUCCACGAAAAAUGCAGAUUAAUUUAACGGGUUUUCUGAAUGCUAAAAACGCACGCUCGUUUAUGGGCGAGCUGUGGGAUUUGUUGGUUUCAGCGCAAGAAAGUGUUACGGGUAUACCCGAAGCUUUCUUGCAGCAGAAAAAAGAUCAGAUUAAAAAACGUUUGGAGGAGCAAGAAAAACUGCAGGCGUCAAUAGCUGAGAAGGAGAAAGAAAAGGAGAAGGAGAAGGAUGAUGCGGAUAAAAUAAAGAAAGAAGAAAAAGAACGUGGCAGUUCAAAAGAUCGUAAAAGAGAUCGCAGUCGUGAGCGCGACAGAGAUAGAAACAAAAGAAGUCGAUCAAGAGACAAACAUCGUGAUCGCGAUCGUUCAACUCGUAAACACAAAUCGAAUUCAAAAUCGCCAAGUAAAUCAGUGUCUAAAGAUAAUGGCAAAGAUGUAACAGAUGUUAAAGUUGACAAAGAAGAUUCACCUCAACCGGAAAAUGCAAUUCCUCUUAUGCCUAUUAAAACAAAACCAGAAGCAGCUGUUGCAAUAUCGCGAUUACAAGCAAAAUUAAUGAGUAUAGCUGAUGGUAAAAAGAAAAAUCGUUCGGUGUCACCGGAAAAUGAUAAAAAGAAAUCACGUUCAAAAUCACCAACGACAGCUACAGUAACAUCAACAACAACGACAAUUACACCGACAACGGCAACAACUAAAAGUAGCCGUAGAUCACGGUCACCAGUGUCGAGAUCACGUAGAUCCCGUUCUAAAUCACGAUCUCGUAGAUCAAGAUCUAAAUCAAAAUCACGGCGUUCUAAAUCACGUUCCGGUGAUCGCUCAAAGUCAAGGAGGUCAAAAUCACGUUCGCGUAAUUCACGCAGCAAGUCGCGAUCGCGAUCUAAAAAAUCACGAUCCAAGAGUGUAGAUCGUAGCAAAAGUCGCAAGUCGCGAUCCGAUUCAAGUGACUCGGGUUCGUCUAAAUCAAGAUCUAAAUCACCGGACAAAAGGAAAGAUCAUAAAAAACGAAACGCCAGUUCGAGCAGCAGCUCUGACAGUGGUGACGAUAAACGCGGUGGUAAAGAUAAAAAUGAUUUUGAAAUUCGUAAGAAGAAAGACGGGGUUCAGGCCAAAAGAUCGUAUCGCAAAACAAAUAAAGAUGAUAGCGGCAGUGAUAGUGAUUCAAGUCGCGAGAGAAAAUCCGGUACCAAGAGACGCAGUAUUUCACCGAGGAAAGAUCGUGACAGGUCGAGAGAUCGUGACAGAUCACGAGACCGAUCACGCGAUCGCAAUCGCAGACGUUCAAUGGAUCGUGAUCGAGAUCGACGAAGGGAUCAUGACAGAGAUCGUGAUCGCAUGGAUAGAUAUAGCGGCGGUCGUAACAUGAGACCGCCAUCGUCACGGCGUGCGCCUGAUUGGCGAAGAAGUCCACCACGUAGAAGUCCUAUGAGAUAUCGCCGGCGAAGUCCCAGUCCCAAUCGACGCAGACGUUCUCCAGAUCGUCGUCGCAGGUCAUCGGAGCGUCACGAUCAUCGUAGAUCACACGAACGCCGCAACAGCAGACGUUCACCAGAUAUUCGCGAUAGAUCCAAUAGGUAUGAUAGGUCUUCUUCACGUGACAGAUCUACGAGGAGAGAUCGUUCGAGGGAUCGUCGGGAUAGGGACAGGAGAUCGAAAUCCAAAGACGUACGCUCGUCGCUGGACCACUUGAAGGACAACAAGAAGGUGUCUCCCGAUCGUACCAAGGAUCUGGUGAAGGAGAAGCCCAAGGAGAAGAAAGCUGUUGAUGAAAAGCCCAAGGUUGCCAGUGAUUCUACUACACGAAAAGAAAUUCGUAAUGGACGUUCUAAGUCUAGUAGCUCUGACAGUAGUGAUAGUAGUUCUUCUGAUGAUGAGCAAGCUAGGAAAUCGACAGAACUUAAAUUGUCACAGGAAAAACGUGAACGCGAGCAACGAGAACGUGAGCAACGUGAACGCGAACAACGAGAAUGUGAGCAGCGUGAACGCGAACAAGCUGAAGAAUUGAUACGACGGGAAAAGGAACGUGUGGCUAAAGAAGAAGCUGCUAAACGUCAGGAAAAAGAAACUCUCAAGAAAUUUGAACCUAUUCCUGCAGCUGUUCCUGCCACUAUUCCGGCCAAGAAACCUGAAGUCAAUGUUUCACCUAAAAAACUUUCUGCUACAUCAUUACCUCUUUCACGUCACAGGUUUUCGAAGAGUUUGUCACGCACACCGUCACCUUUUAAGAAAACUGAAGAUAUCAUUGCUGCUGCCGCUGCUUCUGCUAAACCUAAAGCAGCUCCCAAAGACAACAAAGAUGAUGCAUUGAAAUCAAUAACGAUGCCACCGACUGAGGUAUUCCAAUUAAAGAAAGACGAUCGGUCGUCAUUUAAAUCAAUAAAAUUGCCGGCGGAAGAUAAUAAAAAACCAGCGAUAAAAGUUCUGGAAGUAGUUAAUACUAAAAAAUCAAUGGAAAUAAUUAAGAAAACGCGUAAAGAUAAAAUAGAGCAUUCGUCAGAUUCCGAAGAUAGUGAAGAAGAUGUAAGAGCGAAGCAGCGUAAAAAUGACAAGUCUAGAAAAUCGAGAAAGAGUUCGAUUGAAGAAGAAAAAGCUGACAAAGCUGACAGCAGCUCCGAGUCUGAUGACGAACGUACAAAACAUUCUGAUCAAUUGAAACGUAUAAAGGAAAUAACAACACGCGCUGAAUUAAUUGACGAGCGUCUUAAGGAACGCAGUAAAGAGUUGAAUAAAAAACGGGAUGUUAGUGAGACUGAUUUACGUAGAAGAUCACGUAAGGAUAUUGAAGAGGAAGUUAAAAAAUCUAAACGUACAAGAAAAGAAUCCUCGUCUGAAGAGGAUGAACCGAAGUCUAAGAAGUACAGUCGUGAUGAUGAUAAAUCACGAUCAAGAAAAUCUAAAAAGGAUUCUAGUUCGGAUGAUGAGCCUAAGAAAUCGCGGAAACGACGUGACAGUUCGUCGGAUGGAGAAAAAUCACGCAUAAGAAAGACUCUAAAAGACCCAGUUGCAAGUGAUGAUGAACGGCCAGUUAAAGUUAAAAAGUCAAGGAAAGAUUCUAGUUCUGAUGACGAAGAAGUUGAGAAAGAGUUGAAGAAAAAACGUAAAGAUGAUAGUUCUGAUGAUGAGAAGGUCAAGAAGAAACGUAAGAAGAGAGCUAAAACCAGCACAAGCGAAUCAGAGGAGAGUGAAGUAGAAGAGAAGAAACGUAAGAAAGAAAAGAAACACAAAAAGCAUAAGAAGCACAAGAAACAUCGUAAGCAUAAAAAAAAAAAAGUUGCUGAUUCUGAAGAAUCAGAUGUGAGUGAAGGCAACACCGAGGAACUUGAAAAAAAACUCCGGGAAAAAGCGCUUAAAUCAAUGAAGAAAGGACAUAGUAUCGAACGAAGUGACUGAAUAUUUUAAAAAAUAACAAUUUUUUUUUUCGUUUUUUUUAUAAUUAUUAAAUACUUACAAUAGAAUGAGAAUAUUUUAAAGUUGUGUCACUUGACUGGUGUGCGUUGAGUGAAAAUAUUUUCAACAUUUGAUGUUUUAGUUUUAAGAAUUGUGGAUUACUAUCAAUUUGAUCCACUUACGGUUCUCAGCGAUCAGUAAAAUAAUCAUUCAGUGGAUAUUACUAACGUUUACUUUAAUCAGUACAUAAUUUAGCGUGUAAUGUAUGUCAAAAAAAAAAAAUUAUAAUUAUAAUAAUAAUAACUCUAAAAUUAAUUAAUAUAAUGGCAAGUAUUUAUAUGAAAUUUAAACGUGAUUAUUUCUGAAUGCUUAAUUAAUAUUUGUAAAUUAAUGUUAGUGUUUUAAUUAAACGCUAUUCAUGAAUUCAAUGACAUAAAUACACGAAUUUAAACAAAACUA